CUAGGCGAGGAAAGCCCUGCGUGCAUCUGACGAAUCACUCGAGUCCAGACACCGGAGAGCUCGCGUGUCCCGAAUGGCAGCGGCGGUAGAGAGAGGGAGAUAGGGAAUCCCCGAGUGUCGCCGAAACGAAACCGACCCGGUUCACGAACGAUCCCAUCAGCAUGGCACCGAGACGCGUUUGAUGCGCUCUUUGGACUGGACUGUCAGUGCUGCGAAGCGCUCGCAGUAUUAAACUCUACUUUCAACUAGGAUUUCAUUUUUGACUGGACGCGACUGGAAGUGUUUUCCACUCAUGAGGCAGCCACCAAGUGAGUUUGACAGUAUGGCACUGAGCGGCACGCUUUUGCCCUCUAUUUCCACCUUUGCGAGCGGCGCUGAUGUGAAGCACAAGGCCAUUAUGGGACACGGAACUGCCAAUUUGAGAUGGAAGGAGGACUUGUCUCAACUGAAACGCCCCUGCAUGUCUACAGGUGGGACUUGCACUGACCUGGACGUCCCCUCCGCAAUGACCAAGAAGGAGCCAGAAGAGCUGGACCUGUUGGACUAUGAUUUUAUUCUAUCGAACAGCAUGCUGCAACAGCAGCAGCAACAGCAGCAACAGCAGGAGGCCUCCAUGGCCAGCACCUCCAGAACUCUUCCACCAUCCCCUACGUCCUACACCUAUCAGAUGCCCUCUCCUCAGGGCCAGGAGGCCAGCAUGAUGUACAACAUCCCGGACAUCAGCGACGUAUCUCCCUCUGGAGGUUUUGUCGCUGAAUUAAUGAGGCCAGAGCUGGAUCCUGCGUAUCUUCAGUCCACAAGCCUCCACGGAAAAUUUGUGGUGAAGACUACCAGGGACAUGACUGAUUACAGCCAAGGGCUUAGCAUUAGUAAGGGAGGCUCAAUGUCGGACACGUCCUCCCUGCAGUUUGUAUGUCCUAGGACGAUAAAGCAGGAACGUCCUAGCACCUGCACCAUGACCGGGCCAAUGGAUAUUCACUCGCGGCCCGGAGUCAGUCAGAGACCGCUGCUGGACCCUCACGGUUUCAGUGCAAGCCGUUUGGGGCUCAGCCGCUCUUCCUCUCACUCUCCGGACGAGCAUCCUCAAGGUCAGGUGCUGGGGGCCCCUUCAUUGUCUCUGGCCCAGGGAUAUCACCCCUCGCCGGGUUACUCUGGCUUUCCGCAGCCUCCCGCCCAGUCGCUGCAGUACCAAGAGCUGAUUUCUCCAGCUGAGUGUUUGCCUGAAGAGUCCAAGCCCAAGCGGGGUCGACGCUCUUGGCCGAGGAAGCGAAUCGCGACACACACGUGCGACUACGCAGGCUGUGGCAAAACGUACACCAAGAGCUCCCAUCUCAAAGCCCACCACAGGACUCACACAGGAGAAAAGCCGUACCACUGUGACUGGGAGGGAUGUGGCUGGAAGUUCGCCCGUUCGGACGAGCUCACGAGGCAUUACAGGAAGCACACGGGACAUCGGCCAUUUCAGUGCCAAAAAUGCGACAGAGCCUUCUCUCGGUCCGACCACCUUGCACUGCACAUGAAACGGCACCUAUAACCAAAACUGGAAGACCCCCGAUAAAGUGACUAGUGAACCACGUGUUGCCUUUGAACAAGAGUCAACGAAACUCCAUGACAAGCUGUGUUGUCCACAGCAUCAGGGUUGGGACUUGUCUUUUUUUUGUUUUGUUUGUUUUUCCCUUUUUGUCGUUGUCUUCCAACAUGCUGGUGGCCCUGUCCGUUUCCUGCACACUGGGACAAUACUGGAAUGUGCAUCUACUUACCGACAAAACUUGGAGAUGCCAAGUGCCAAACUAAAGACUGGAAAUAUAUGAAUAUCAGGGAUACAUGGAAACAUUAGAUUAUAUGUAUUAAAGAGGCCUUUAAUUGACCUACAUUCCAUCACUCAAUCCUCAAACACUGAUCUGUCUUCUGGAUUGUUUUGUUGCUCUCUCUAAAGCCAUUAAUUUCAGGUACAGAAUAAUUUAUAAGUGUGUUACAAGAUGGUGCUGAGUAUAGCCAGGUGUAUUCAGUAAGGUACCAAAGAUAAAAGUGGAAUUUAAUUGAAGUCUGUGAGUUUUAGGGGCGAAUGCAUGACCUCUCCUUGGUGAUGGCAAUCUAAACUGCACUGUGGUUGCGAGGUGCAAUAAUUUUGAUAUGUAAGACAUUCAUAUUUUUAUAUAAGAAACAAACAAACAAAAAAAUAACUCUGAACAAAGUUGUUUUUGUUUAUAGUCAGAUUCAUGUAAUAUAAUCUUAAGUUUUGUACAUUUGUAAAUACUUUUUCAUUUUGUAUUUUAUGUAUGAAUGCAAUCCAAUAAUAAACAAAACAUAAAAGGUA